CAGAUUCCAAAGUUAUCCCCACGAAAAGCAAAUUUUUCGGUUUGUCUGGAAAUGUUUUUAAAUGACGAGAAGGAUGGCGGAAAAUCAACAGAGUAGAUUUGAAAAAUCUUUAGGAUUAUUGACGACGAAAUUUGUAAACCUAUUACAAAAGUCUCAUGGAGGUGUUCUGGAUUUGAAAUUGGCUGCUGAUUUACUGGCUGUUCGUCAAAAACGAAGGAUUUACGAUAUAACAAACGUUUUGGAAGGUAUUGGAUUAAUUGAAAAGAAAAGCAAAAACAGUAUUCAAUGGAAGCCUUACACAUAUAAAGAUUGUAUCCAGGGAAGCAAUUCUCAAGAGUUUUCUCUAAAGGUUACUGAAUUAAAGCAAAAACUGACAAAACUUGAUGAAUACGAGCAACAAUUGGAUUUACAUAAAAUUUGGAUUAAUCAGAGCAUACGUAAUACAACAGAAGACUUGCAAACUAAAAAGUUUCUUUACAUUACCAAGGAUGAUUUUAGUACAACUUAUGAUGAUAAUCAAACUGUUUUAAUUGUUAAUACACCAAUUAACAAAACAAAUGUUAAGUUUCAGAAUGUUCAAGAGCUUUAUAAUUUAAGAAUUAGGUCUACUGACACACCAAUUAUAGCAAAUUUACUUAAUGAAAAGUAUUGUAACGACAUUGAUGAAGAUAUUCAAAAAAACAUAAUUAGAAAAAGAACCAAUAAUAGUUAUAUGCCACCAGAAAAAAGAAGGUGUUAUUCUCAUGAUGAUGACCCUGAUUUAAUAACUGCUGAAAUUUUGUUUAAAACAAUGUCAAAUAAUGUACCUCAUAUUAAAGAGGAUGACUUAUGUGAAGAAGAUCCUUUUUUGCGUUUGAGUCCAAUACCAUUAAGUCAAGAUUAUUCAUUUGGUCUAUUAGAAUCUGAAGGCAUUAGUGAUCUUUUUGAUGUUACCACAAAUGCAUGAAAUUAUUAAUUUAAUAAUAUAGGUACUUUAUCAUGUUUUGAAAAUAAUUUUAUUUCAAAUACUUUAUUGGUAAAUACAGAAUAUUUAAGAAUCAUUAUUUAUUUUUAUUAAAUAUUCUGUGUGGAACAUGGUUGUUAUUUUUUACAAAAAUAAAAGAUUAAUUACUUAGGAAUUUAUGUAAUUAUUUUGUUAAAUAUAUUUUGG